UGUCUUCCGCAGAAGAGGCACCGUGAUGCCCACCGCCCCCAUGCAUCAAUUGUGAGGGUCAAGAGCGCCCGCGGACCCCUGGACAUUCCUUUUCCUUGGGUGAAGCACGAAAAUGAGCAAGAUCUCGAACGACGUUCUCCGCGAGAGUGUCUCCGCCCUGGUGGAGGGGGCUAAGACCAAGCCCCGGAAGUUCCAGGAGACCGUGGAGCUGCAGAUUGGUCUGAAGAACUACGACCCCCAGAAGGACAAGCGUUUCAGCGGCUCCGUCCGCCUGCCCUUCGUGCCUCGCCCCCGCAUGCGCGUGUGCGUGCUGGGUGAUGUGAAGCACUGCGAGCAGGCCGGCGCCAUUGGCGUCGACGCCAAGGGUGUGGAGGACCUGAAGAAGCUGAACAAGAACAAGAAGCUGGUCAAGAAGCUGGCCCAGGCGUACCACGCCUUCCUGGCUUCGGACUCCGUCAUCAAGCAGAUUCCCCGUCUGCUGGGCCCCGGUCUGAACAAGGCCGGCAAGUUCCCUGCUCCUAUCAACAAGAACCUGGAGGAGAUGGUGCUGGACACCAAGUGCAGCAUCAAGUUCCAGCUGAAGAAGGUGCUGUGCAUGGGCGUGGCCGUGGCCAACGUGGGCAUGACCGAGGGCGAGAUCCGUACCAACAUCAUGUACGCCAUCAACUUCCUGGUGUCGCUGCUCAAGAAGAACUGGCAGAACGUGCGCUGCCUGUACAUCAAGAGCACCAUGGGCAAGCCCAUCCGCAUCUACUAAGCAAUUGGUGGGUGCGGGCCGGCGGCCCGUUGGGGGCUGCGCGGCCGCGCCGGGGUUCCCCGGGCGUGCUGGUCACACGCCCGGCCCGGCUGCGGUGUUGGCGCGUGGCUCGAGUUGGUUCUUCAGUUCCUGGAACUCUCCACCAUGGUCAGGGAUAACUCGUCGCACGAACAUUACCAAGGACCGGGGCGCUUUUAGCCUGCCUGCCCUCGUGGCUGGCGAGGCGGCGCUUGCCGGCUUCCAUUGGGAGUUCACAUGAGUGACUCAUGCUCGUUCGGCAGGCUUCACUGCGUUUGGAAAGGUUACAUGACGACAAGCUCCGCACCGAGAAUGCUUUCUGAUCCUGCGGGCCUCUGGCUUGCGCGGUGUGUUUGUAACGCCGGCGUAGUGAUCAUGCCUCGUGCCUCGGGUUCGUUCUUUGGGGGUUGUUGGUGGAAAACACUGAGCAGCGUCAGCCAAAUAUAGACGACGGCAGGAGCCGGCCCUGCACCUAGAGCGUUGGGCCAGGCACUGGGUACGCAGCCCACCCAGAUUCUUGAACUUGAGCAGCACAGCAUCUAACAGCCUUGAUUGACGUGUGUUGCGGAACUAACGCGUACGUAGACCAGAGCGGAAGGCGGAGUGGGCUUGCAGGCGGCACGAGAGCAGGCAGUCAGUAGCGCAAGUUGCGAAUCCGCAUGUUCCCUCGUAACGGACCGUGAACACUGUGGACGGUCGCGCCCAUGGCUAGCGGACGUAAGGUGGCUGCUGUAUUGGGAUGGCUGGGCUGCCGGGCUGGGCGACGGCGGCCGGCCUUGAUGUGACAGAGAACCGCACAUGUCAUGCAGUACACGGGGUGGCGCAUGGCUGGGCACCAGGUUGGACCACAUUGGCCAUUGCAAGUGGCGUUGCGGUGUGUCUGUGUGGUGCCAUCGUCUGGCCGGGCGCCCGGAGCGUGAGGGAUUCGCAU